AUGGAGGUGAAUUCUUCAAUCCAGUUGUUAAUAAGUUUAUGUAAAGCUCAAGUUAUAAUAAAUACUGAACCUAAUGAACUUGUUGAUGGAGAAUCUGGUCAAGUUAUAAUAAAUACUGAACCUAAUGAACUGGUUGAUGGAGAAUCUGUUCAAGUUAUAAUAAAUACUGAACCUAAUGGACUGGUUGAUGCAGAAUCUGGUCAAGUUAUAAUAAAUACUGAAUCUAAUGAACUGGUUGAAGGACAAUCUGGUAAUGUCACCUGUAUUUAUAACAAUGCCUAUUCAAUAUCUAUGUCUCGAUCUGUAUCUAAACAAAGAGAUGAUGGUUACUGGGGAUGUGGAGUACAAGGUCUUCAAUCUGAAACACCUAUUAACAAUACAACUAUUGAUGUUAAAGUACCAGUUAAAGGUGUAGAAAUAGAGAAUAAAAACAGUCUAAAUCUAGUAAAUGGAGUGUCUACCAAAAUGAAUUGUAAAGUUACCAAUAAUCCUGAUCCAGUAAUAAAUUAUAGAUGGUUUAUAGUAUUUCUGAUAUUAGAUAAACCAAAUAAACCAAGUGUAAAGAUAGAACCUGAAGUAUCUGGUAACUAUAAAAUAAUAGAAGGUAAUACAGUAGAAUUAAAGUGUAUUGUAACUGAUGCUAAUCCUGAUGGUAGUUUGAGUUAUAAAUGGUAUAAAGAUACAAUAACUACUCCUACAGGACAAGUUGGUUCUACAGUUCAAAUAUCAAAGAAAGGAAUAUAUACAUGUUCUGUUUCUAAUGGAAUUGGUACACCAGGAAUAUCAGAUUCUAUUACUAUAGAUGUUUUAUUUCCACCAAGAGUUACUCUGACACCACAAUAUAGUAUUAUAGAAUCUAAUAACCUCACUAUACCCUACGGUCCUGAAGUUCGUGUAUCUACUAGUAGGAUAGAUAUCAUUGAAUCAAAUAAACUGGUUAUUAAUUGUACAGUUAUCCAGUCUAAACCAGAUGAUGCCAGUAUAAACUGGUAUAAACCAGAUGGUACUAGUAUAUCUAGUAAUGUAUUAAGUAUUGAUAAUACUAGAAGAGAUCAAGGUGGUAUUUAUAGUUGUAAUUCUAGUAAAGUAUUAAAACCAUCAAUUGGUACAACUAAAACUAACGUUGACAGUAAAACAACAAUUGUUAAUAUCUGGUAUUUAGAUCGAGUUAAAAUCACAAGAACUAAAUUAGAUAUACAGGAAGGUGAUAAAAUUAACAUUACCUGUACAACUCAGAGUAAUCCUACAGCAUCUAUUACCUAUAGAAACGGAACUGACGUCAUACAGACUGAUAACAGUAACCAGGCAUCAUUUAUAAAACUUGCUGCUACUUGUCUAGAUACUAACGUCUACAGUUGUCAAGUUAACAACCCUAAUAUACCUCAAACAUCUUAUAAUGAUACCAUACAGAUACUUGUUAAUUGUAAGUAUUCAUUUUCUGAUACAAACAAACAAAACGUUGAAUUUAUUACUGUAAAGUCACCAAGACCAGAUCCUCGUGUAGAUCAUCAAUAUAAAAUAACUGGUAAUAUUGGAGAGAGUGUAGAAAUAACAGCUCAAGUUAUAUCUUAUCCUAAACCAAUAUUUCAAUGGUAUUAUAGAGAGAAUAAUGUUGAUAUACCUAUUGUUAAUAAUGGUUCAUUUCAACAAACUAAUAUAUCUACCAACAUCAAUACCUUUAUAUCUAAAUUAACUAUAAAUAUCACAACUAAUAAGUUCUAUAGAAGAUAUUAUCUUAAUGUUUCUAAUGAAGUGAAUCCAGGUGGAUCUGAUCUACAGUAUGACAUCAUUUCAGAAACUGUUCCUGAUCGCCCAAUCAAUAUCACCUACAAAAAUAUAACAUCAGAUACAAUAUGUAUUGAAUGGACACCAGGGUUUAAUGGUGGAGCAUCACAAAGUUUUAUAGUUCAACAUUCUACUGAUGAUAAAACAUGGGUCAAUUCGUCCACAAUACUAGAUGAUACUAAUAAUGGUCGAGUUGACUAUUGUAUAGAAGGAUUAGAACCAGAUACUAGUUAUUAUAUCAGAGUGAUAGCUAGUAAUAAAUAUGGUGAAAGUUUAAUUGGUAUAUUAUCUCAGAGUGAACCUCCUAAAACAGCAUCGAGACAAGGUAAAAUGUAUGAGACUAUGAAGAAUUCAAUCCCUACACUAUUUAUUACUUUGUCUCAAAAUAUGUCAAGUAAUGAGUUUGAUGUAGUAGGUUUAGAUAUUGGUAUUGUGUUGGCUAUCCUUGCAGCUGUAGUUGUUGGUGUUAUUCUUUACAAAUGGCGACAAGGUAAAGGGAAAGAAGAAGAAACGUAUGAUAGCAUUGAUCCAAGGAUAAGAGCUGAUGGUCAAACCUACCAGGAGUUAAAUACAGUACAUAAUACAGUAACACCACAAGCUAGUGAUGCAGCACGCUAUUACAACCUCAGAGCAGGCCAAACUACAACAGAUCUUGACGAUACAAGACCAUAUGCUAAUCUGUAG